AUGCUUAUCGAUGGUGAGAAGUGGGCUUGUGAAGCUUGCGUCCGGGGUCACCGGGUUAGCAGCUGUCACCACAGCGACCGCCCUUUGACCCAUAUCAACAAAAAAGGCCGCCCAGUCUCUCAAUGUACUCACUGCCGCGGUCUACGCAAGUCCCGAACAACCCACGUCAAAUGCGAGUGCGGCGACAAGAAAAAGAAAUCCGACGACUGCCACGGUGACAAGCGAGAUCUGAAAGACUCUCUCCACCGCUGUGGCUGCAGUCAUGGUCAGCGCUGUACGUGUGCGCACAAGAAGGAACACCUUGAUCCCGUUCCUGAGACCGGUCUGCCUUUGACUCAGCCGUCGGUCCCUGCUGAACAUCCGCGGAAACCUCAUCUGACGUCGACCAAGUCCGAGUCGACUUUGACCAUUUUCCGUGACGGUCACCACAAACCCGCUCACAAGCAUAAUGACAUGGCCCACAAGUGCGGAUUGCCCUACACAAUCCCACGAUCACAUACUAUUCACCACCCCUCCGACCUGCCCCGCCGCUCUGUCGACCAUCUUCCCCUGACGCAGUCGGCCUUUGCCCAGGAACCUCUCAGCCUCAUGGACCCGUGCCCCCAUUCGCAGCAGACCUCGCAACAGGGGUCCCCCGACAGUACGCCCGCUGCCGGUACUGACGAUGUGAACUCGAACUCUUUCGACCAAUCCUUCCUGGAUAACUUCACGGCUCCUUCUCUCCCGCCCACCGCAAUGGAUAAGAACCCGACGGACGCCUCGAACCCGACCCCAGUUCCUGCCCCCAUGGACAAGUUUCCUUUGGAGCAAAUCAUUACUAGCGUGCCCCCGCCCCUUGAUGUCUCAUCCUAUACCAACUACCCGGCCACCUCGUCCAACUCGCCGAUCAGGUGCAUGGCAUUCUCAGACCAGUAUCAAGAAAACUACUUUGCGUCUCCCGAUUCCGAUGUGCCCCUUGGCUCUGCUGGCAUGGGUGCACCGUCGGUCGAUUGGUCGAGUUUCCCGUUGUACUCCGACGUACCCGCGUCCACCAGCACGCAAACUCCGUCCUACGCCAGUUUCGACUACAACUCGUAUCCCUCGGGUCUGCCGCCGCCGUCCUCCUCUGGCGACAUUUCCGAGGCUGAUGAAUUUGGCCCCUUGCCUGGUCUUGGACCCGCGGGUAACGACCAUCACGACCUUCACAGUGUGAGCGAAGCUUCUGACAUGGAUCACCUCCGGGCCAGCUCCGCCUCUUCCUUGGUCGGUCUUCCCCAGGCGCAACUGCUGUCAUCGAACGACCUCGAGUCGAUCAACAUCGAUGAUUUCCUUAAAUCCGCCAACGAGUCCACGGCCGCGCUCGAGCAUCAACUGCAGGCCAGCAUGGGACUUGAUUCCAAACCGGUCCCCGCGCAGGACUUGUAUGCCAUGUCCCAGCCGCAGGAUUCGGUACCCAUCUGGCCGGCCAGCCUCUUCGACUCUGGCUCCACUCCGCCCCUGGACGAGAACUACUUUCGCCAGUCGUGGGCACCCUAG